AUGGAAACUCCAUGGAGGAUUGGAACGCAGCCCGUCAGCCAUGAUGGAAACUUUUUCAAUGUGGAAAUGUAUUUCAACCAAGACACAUAUACAGUGCUGCCUUCUAGAAAAGAUGUGAAUCCAGGCAUGGUCCUCCUCUUUGAGCUCUUCCUCCGUGGUGAAACCUACUCACAUAUGGACCAGGCAUUGGGCUGGGCUUUUUCCCCUUUAUGUGAUAACAGUUUCGACAUAGUGGAGGGAAAGUUCAAGUGCCCUGUUCUCAGAGGCCACUACGGGCUGAAAAUCGACCGCUUCCAUAAAAUCGAAGAAUUGAUCUGCUCAGAUCUGGAUCGGUGGUUAUGCAAUCUCUAUUUUCAGAUAAUUAAACCUCCCCUGACUUUGGAUGGACUAAAGGAACGGGAGAAGUGUUUCCAGCCACCCAGAAAAUUUAUGAAGAAUUCAGAAACUACAGGGAAGGAAGAGGUUUCAGACUUGGAAAAUCCAUCUGACCCUCCCAAGAAGAUGAAAGACAAACCCUUCCACCUGCAAAGUGGCUUUUCUUCCAUGAGUUCCUUAGAGUCUCCCCAAGAACCACCCUUGACCUCUCUGAGAGAUCCUGACACGUAUAAGGGAAGUAUUCCCACUGCUGGGAAGGAAGUGGAGAGGCCAUUUAAUGCCACAAAGGGAGAGGAGGAGAAUUUGUCAAAAGAAUCUGGAGGAAAAAGAGACAAGAUGAGCUUAAAGCGUUUCCAGCAGGCAGAAGAGUCAGAGGAAGAGAAUAAGCCCCAUGGGAAUGAUCAAACGAAGCUUUGCAAAAAAGGAAUUGCGCCUCAUAAACUCAGCCCUAACUCUUCAUCUAAGGACUGUGAUCUCAUCCCAGUUAAAGACAAUGGGAUGUUCUGUAAGGUAAGGAUGACAGGGUGA